UUCAUAAUAGACUAACAUAGUCUUAUGACCGCACAGUCAUAGGAACUCAACUAACAUUCAAUUCCUUUACUUUGCCAUUCCCAUAUACUCUCUCUCUCUCUCUCUCUCUCUCUCUAAAAUCCAUUCAGAAAAUUCUCACUUAAACUCUUACAAUUCCAAUUUCAUCACUUAAACUCUCCUCUUCCUUUUGAAUCUAUUCUACUGUCUAUCCAAAUCACCAUGGCUUUUCCAAUCAACAAAGGAGACUCUUCUUCCUCUUUCACCCACCAAUGUAGAUAUGAUGUAUUUGUGAGUUUUGGAGGUAAGGAUACCCGCAAUAAUUUUACGAAUAUUUUGAGAGGCAUUUUGAAUCAUCAUGGUAUCAACAUCUUCCUUGAUGACGAGCACUUAAGGAGUAAAAAAAUUUUAGACAAACUUUUCGAAGCCAUUGAAAGUUCAAGAAUUUCAAUCAUUGUAUUCUCUGAAAACUACGCAUUUUCCACUUGGUGUUUGAAAGAACUUGUUAAAAUUCUUGAGUGUGUAAAGAAAGGCCAAAUUGUGCUACCAAUUUUUUAUAUGGUGGAUCCAUCAGAAGUACGUAACCAAAAGGGAAAGUUUGGAGAAGCUUUGACAAAACAUGAAACAGAGUGCAAGGAUAAAAUGGAAGUGCAAAAAUGGAGGAUAGCUCUACAUGAAGCCGGUAAUAUAGGUGGAUGGCAUUGUACAAAAGACCACCCUCAAUUUACUCUUAUCAAAGAAGUUUUUGAAGUGAUCUCAAGAGUUAAAUUAAAUUAUACGAAAAUAUUUGAUGUUAAAUACCCUGUUGGAAUAGAUUCCCGUGUGGAGGAUAUAAAUUGUCUUUUAGAUAUUGAUUCAAAUGAUGUGCGUAUGGUAGUGAUUCAUGGCCUUCCUGGAAUAGGUAAGACAACAAUUGCCAAAGCUAUUUAUGAUUUAAUUGCAUAUCGUUUUGAAGGAAGUAGCUUUCUAGAGAAUGUUAAAGAAAACUCAAGUACAAAUGAUGGCAAAUGUCGAUUAAGAGAGGCACUUUAUUUUGAGAUAUUAGGAGGUGGAACUUUGAAGGAGCUUGGUGCAAUUAAAAGAAUCAAUAUGAGAAUGGAAAUGCCUCAGCACAAAAGAAUUCUUAUAAUUCUUGAUGAUGUGGACAAAUUAAUCCAAGUAACAGAUUUGCUUGGCGAAUGCAAUUGUUUUGCUUCUGGAAGUAGAAUUAUUAUCACAACAAGGGAAGAAAAAGUACUAUCUACUCUUCAAGAAGAUUAUCAUUUAACCUACUGUAACUACCGGCUCAAGGAAUUAGAUAAACAUCAAUCACGUGAGCUCUUUUGUCAACAUGCAUUCAAAGAAAACAAGCCUAAGAAAGGUUAUUUAGAAGUCGUAGACCUAUUUUUAAGCUACGCUAAAGGUCUUCCAUUAGCUUUGAAAAUAAUAGGCUCUGAUUUGUAUCCAAGAGAUGAUAUACGCUUUUGGAAAAGUGCAUUAGAUAAGUACAAAAGAAUUCUUAAUCCAAAUAUUCUAGAAGUACUCAAAAUAAGCUACGAUGGAUUGGACCAAACUCAGCAGCAUAUUUUCCUUGACAUUGCAUCUUUUCUCAAGGGAUUACACAAGGAUGUUGUCGAGCAUAUACUAGAAAGUUGCUAUUCUUAUGGCUCAUAUUGUGAUAUUGAAAUACUUAAAGAUAAGUCUCUCAUAUCUGUUGAUAAAGGUGGCAAAUUAUCGAUGCAUGACUUGAUACAGCAAAUGGGUUUGGAAAUUAUCAAACAAGACAAACUUAAAAGGUUGUUGUGCUAUGAAGAUGCUUACGAACUACCAGAUAAGGGAUUAGAAGAAGUUGAAGGCAUAAAAUUGUGCUUACCACAACCAAGAAACAUGCAAAUAGAUUUUGGAAGGAUGAAAAAACUCAAAUACUUGAUUGUUCGUAAUUUAAUUUGUGAAGAUGUUAAAUAUCUUCCAAAUGAGUUAAGGUUAAUUGAUUGGAAUGAGUUUCCUAUACCUUCCUUGCCAGCCACCGUUAAUCUUCAAAAGCUUGUUGCACUUAAAGUGCCAGGAAGCCACAUUAAAUUGGAUGAGCAUUUUGAGAGAUGCCGGCUCCCAGCUUUGAAAUUUAUGGAUUUCAGUGACUGUAAAAACAUUACCAAAUUACCUGACUUAUCGGUGAUUGCCCCAAACAUAAAGUGGCUGGAACUUCAAGAAUGUAGAAAUUUAGUUGAGAUUCAUCAGUCUGUUGGACUUCUUGAAGCGCUUGAAUAUUGGAGUCUCUCUGGAUGUGGAAAUCUUAAAAUUAUUCCAAUAAUUCUCAAGAUGAAAUCUCUUAAAACGUUUAAUCUCCAAGGCUGUGGAAGUUUUUGGAAGUUCCCCGAUAUUGGGCAAAAUACGGAAAGAUUAGCUCUACCUUCGCCAAUUGGAAAUCUCACUAGCCUUCAAUUUUUAAUCAUCGGUUCUGAAUCUCUUAAUGAUCUUCCAAGCUUCUCUGCAUUACCAAAUCUUACUCUCCUCGGUAUGUAUAAUUUUGAAAAUUUUCCAAAGAACCUGGAUAUUCCAAAAUUGGAAUCGUUAUUGGUUCUGGACAGCAACAUUACUACCCUCCCCGACAUCUCUAGCAGAUUUCCUCAAUUAAAAAAACUUGUUAUUAACAACUGCUGUAAUCUUCAGAAAAUUCCAAAACUUCCAUCAUGUAUGGAUGUAGUAUGUGUAACAGGAUGCAAAUCGUUGGAUUCACAAUCAAGCAGAAGAUUAUUGAGUCAGGUUCAUCUCUCUCAAAGAUUCAAUUUUGGUUAACUUUCCCAAAUAUAUUACUAGAUUUGCUAAACUGCGGUUUGAGCUUGCCACUGGGACCUGACUCACCUGUUCUCAUUGGAUGCACAUGUUCUCCUUAGAACUCCGCUGCAAAUAAGGUGGCCUGCAUAAGAAUUCAUGAAAGAAUAAACAAGAGUUUUGAUGAAAGAUUAAAGAUAUUUUUAUCGAGAGUGGCUGCAGAUGUCCUCCCCUUUAAGCAAAAGCUGGACCGAUUGUCCAAUGCUCAAGAUGGCUAUUAUUGCCCUCUUUGUGAAAUAGUAGAAGAUUCAGUUUUACAUAUAUUUCAA